GAGCCCGAGAGAGACAGAAGCAGCUGGGAGGAGAAAAAACAGCCCAGCCAGGGGGCCUAUUGGUCUUUCUGCCUUUGCCACAGACUUAACAUUCUAAGGCAUGGGCAUUGGCUUUCCAGAUUUUAAUUUCUUCAUUUAAACUGCCCUGGAUGGAAGUUUACUUUCUCAGAGACUUAGUGACCCAGUAAAAUUACCACAACCAGGUGUCCCCAUGUUGCUGACUGGCCACAUUAAAUGGUUAGCCGUGCUGCUGGCCAUAAUGGUCUUUUCUCUCUGCUUAGCCCUUCCCUUAGAUGAUUACCGGAAAGCUCUUAUAAGGAAAGAAGAGAUGUUGCAAAUUGGGGGGGAGCUAUUGUUAACAGAUCAAGAAGAGCUGGCCAAUGAGAAACUAAUGGCCCUCAAAAAUGCAGAGAUUACACAGGCAAUGGAGAAAAAUCAGUUUCCACCUAGCAUGCACUUCUUCCGGGCCAAGAAGCUUAUUGAAGAAAGUAAGGUGUUCCAUGUCUUAAAGAAGAUGCCAAAAGGAGCUGCUUUACACGUCCAUGACUUUGGCAUCUUGAGUGUUGACUGGUUGGUGAGGAAUGUCACCUACAGACCCCACUGCCAUCUCUGUUUCACUCCAAGCGGCAACCUGAAGUUCAUAUUUGCUGACCCUGCCCCUCCAACCCCAAAGCCAGAGGGCUGCUCUGAGUGGAUUUUGCUAGUGAAGUAUAGGAAGCAGCUGCAAAAUGUCACUGAGUUUGACAACAGCUUGCUGAGAAACUUCACCCUGGUGCUGGAGAACCCUGAGAUAGCAUACUCAGAUCAAGCCGUCAUCUGGGCAAGGUUUGAAAACAUCUUUAUUGCUGUUAAAGGCCUUGUCCAUUAUGCGCCAGUGUUUAGAGAGUAUUUCGCUAGAAGUCUGGAGGAGUUCUAUGAGGACAAUGUGCAGUACCUGGAGCUAAGAGCCACACUGUACCCGGUAUAUGAACUAAAUGGGCAAACACAUGACCAAGAGUGGUCACUGAAGACUUAUCAAGAAGUGGCCCAGAAGUUUGCCAAAGACCAUCCUGACUUCACUGGAGCCAGAAUCAUCUAUAGCAGUAACAGGAAGAAAGAUGUGGAUCGAGUUGCUGAAUCUGUCCAGAUAGCUAUGAAGCUCAGAGUCAAGUUCCCAGAGAGCAUGGCAGGAUUUGACCUGGUGGGUCAAGAGGACAAGGGGCAUUCCUUGUGGGACCUGAAAGAAGCUUUGCUCCUCCCAGCUACUCAAGGCUUUGACCUGCCUUACUUCUUCCAUGCUGGAGAGACAAAUUGGCAGGGCACUUCCAUAGAUGAGAACGUUCUGGAUGCCCUAGUGCUGAACACCACCAGGAUUGGCCAUGGAUUUGCUCUGGGCAGACACCCGAUGGCCAGAAAUAUCUCUUGGAAUAGGGACAUCCCUGUAGAAGUGUGUCCCAUCUCUAACCAGGUCCUCCAGUUGGUAUCUGACCUAAGGAACCACCCAGCGGCUUCUCUAAUGUCCAGCGGGCACCCUAUGGUGGUCAGUUCUGAUGAUCCAUCUAUCUUUGGGGCCAAAGGCUUGUCUUAUGACUUCUAUGAAGCUUUCAUGGGCAUUGGAGGGAUGAAGGCUGACUUGAGGACCCUCAAACAGUUGGCAUUGAAUUCAAUCAAGUAUAGCUCCCUGUCAGUGGACAAGAAGAAAACCACUAAAGAAGUCUGGCAGAAGAAAUGGGACAAGUUUGUGGAUGACCUGGCCAAGUUACUGUGAAGUAACAUAUCUACUGAGAAUUUUCUUGAGGCCAUAGCUGCAAGAACUAAGCCUUCUUGAACAAACAUCUUAUGUAUCUACAUCCUGGCUCGUAUUCUGAUCUUUGGGAGAGAAAAGCAAUAAGCCGGCCCUGUCACCUCUCUGAAAAUAAAUGAAUCUGUGGGACUCUUCGGAACUACGGGACACGUAGCCCAUAUAGCCAGAUAGUGACAAAUCCUUAGAACUCCCAGGCAAACUAAUGUUUUCCUGUGUGCCAAUCAUCUUGAAUCCUGGCUGGCAGUCAGCCCUUUCUCCUUUAGUUUAUGCCCCUUAGGUGGGUUUUGUCAGAAUGGAACCUGCUACUGAAAGCAGCAAAGAGUGUAGUAAAAAGAGCAUUGGACUUGGAGUCAGGACACUUGUGUUUGAGUCUUGGUCCUGACUAGUUGUAUAGCCGUGGAAAAUUCACUUAACCUUG